AGCCGACGAGCGAUCCAACAACGACGACGAAAACGGUGGCGAGCAAGGUCGAGAAUAACUGCGAAAAGGACGAGUCGCAGCGAGCGGCGAGCUGGAAAAAUGCAGCCAACGGCAUGAGCGGUGGCACGAGCGUGGCGAGCUUGAACCGCAGCCAGAGCGACCGAAGCGUCGAGCGACCUGGCCUAGUGGCGAGUCAGGAGGUGACCUUCGUCGACACCAUGAGACUGAGCCUGUGCAGGAAAACAGGCUCGACCAGUAGUAGUAGUAAGGAGCAACAGUCGAUCGCCGACAAACGGAUCAGCAUUGCCGAGAGAGAUUGGGUUGACGCGACGCAGCCCAUCCAAGCCAGAGUCAGAAUAGAUGAUCAAAGUCGAUCACGGGUGGACUCGCUAGCUCAACAGCAGCAGCAUCAAAAGCAGCAGCAAGUAAGGACAUCCGGCGAGGACCCGAUGAGCACAGUAUCGAAUAUCUGCAAAAUAACACUAAAACCUGCAACGUCGACGCUCGCGACUACUCAGCUCGUACACAGGCUACAGGUCAGUAGCAGUCCAACUACGAGCAAUUCAACGUCGAUCACGAUAAACGGUGAGUCCCACGACGCUUUGAGCAGCGAAACGAAGAAGAUGCAGGGCACCGGUGGCGGCAACAAAGUUACCAUAAGCAUCGGUGGCAACUGCGCGGAGCCGUGCAACCCGCCAACGGUCAUCUCGGUCAACAGCGGCAACGCCAAGAACGGCAACGGCAUCGGCAUAGGCAGCAGCAUAGGCACCGACGACUACUCCUCCUACAACGACUUCGUGCCAGCCAAGAUACAGACGUCGGCCGACCAGAAGCGCACCCUCGUCAUCCUGGACAACUACCACCGAUCGAGCGUGACGAUCGAGCCACCGAUCAAGCCGCCGGCGAGUCCACCGACUCAAGCCGCCGCUGACGAGGCCUGCUGCUGGUCGAGGAUAGCCGAGGCCCCGAGCAAGGAGCAGAUGAUAUCGCAGCUGCUCGAGGACUCGCUGCGCAAGGCCCGCCAGAACGGCGAGAUCGUCGACGAGAGCAGCGGCGAGGCCAUACUCAAGAUCCUCAAGCAGAGCCUGCUCAAGGGCUCCUGCUCGGACCUCAUCGACGAGGAGGACGAGGAGGACGCCUACGAGAUCAUCAAGGAGCCCAUCUACGAGGAGAUCCCCGAGGAGCCGGGCCCGUUGCCGCCCCCGCUGCCGCUCAGUCCCCCUCCCAGCGAGGCCGAGCUGCUCAAGAGCCGCAUCUUCUUCGGCGAUCUCGAGUACGAGCACGAGGGCUUCAGGGACCUCAGCACCGGACGCUUCUACAAGCCUCUGGCUGGUGGUUCCAAUCAGUACCUCGAGUGCUCCUAUCUGAGCAAGGAAGAGAAGGCCAAGGCUGCCAAGGCCUCGCUCGGUAAGACCAUCGGUGGCGGCAACGGCGUUGCCUCCGAUCCCAAGUCCUCCUCCAGCAAGCAGCAAGACAAACUGUCGAGUAAAUUCGAGCUGCUGAACUUCAUCGUCGACUCGGAGGAGCGUACCCGAGCCGGGGACGUUGCCCUCGACGAGGACGAGGACGAGGAAGACGACGACGACGACGAUGCCAUCAUCGACGACGACGAGGACGAGGACGACGAGGACCCCGAACGAGACCUCGAGGCGCUCUACGAGCAAAAGGAGAUGAGCUUGGGCGACCUCAGCAGCAAGAGCUCGCAAAUAUCCAACGUUUCCGACAGCAGCGAGGAGUGCAACAUCAUCCUGGUGAACUCGAGCGAGAGUCGCAAGGCCCGCAACGUCGACAUCGAGAGGACCGACAGCGGAGUCGGAUCGGAGAGCAGCCAAGCGAGCAGUGGUCGAGGCGGUGGCUGCGUUGGACGACGCUGGAGACAUUUGAAUCACGCCAACGGUGACAAGAGUAACCUGGCCAAUGCUCCGGCUAGCCAGUCCCAUAACGGUAACAACAAGAGCCCCGUCAACGCUUCCAACGCCUCCAAUAACAACAACAGCAGCAGCUGCAGCAGUACCAACAACAACAAUAACAACAACAAACUCGACGUGAAGCAUUGCGAGGAUUGCGAGCAACGUAUCGAGCCUCAUCUUAUCGACGGCAACGGCAACGGCAGCGGCAGCUCGUGCUCGGUCUGCCGCAAGUGCGCCAAGAAGCGCGUCGAGCGCAAGGAGAUCGUCACGGAGAUCGUGGAGACGGAGCAAAAGUACGGCCGCGACCUGCACAUCAUCCUCGAGGAGUUCCACCGGCCGAUGCUGCGCGCCGGCCUCCUCACGCCCGAGCAGCUCUCGGCCAUCUUCCUGAACGUCGAGGAGCUGCUGGAGCACAACCACGUGCUGGCGCACAAGCUCAAGCGGGCCGUCGAGCUGGCCCUCGAGUCCGGCGACGCGGACCUCCUGAGCCUCGACCUCGGCAAGAUCUUCCUCGAGAGCGAGCGCAUGCUGCACGCCUUCGAGAGCUACUGCACGAGGCAGGGCGGCGCCAGCCUCCUCCUCCAGAAUCUCGAGAAGGAGAAGGAGCUGCUCAGGAUCUUCCUCAAGGUCUCGCAGAUGGAGAACACCGUGCUCAGGCGCAUGAACCUCAACUCCUUCCUCAUGGUGCCGGUCCAGAGGGUCACCAAGUACCCCUUGCUGCUGGCUCGUCUGCUCAAGGCCACGCCUUCGGCCCGCCUCGACAUGCAGGAGCUCAAGAAACGACUCAAGCAGGCCCAGACCAACAUCGAGCUCCAUCUCGAACACAUGAAUGCCGAGGCCAAGGACAUCACUUCGACGAAACUCUGGCGUCGCAUCUCCAUCAUCCAGAGCAACGGAUGCCGACGGCCGAGCGGCGAGCAGGACAUGGUCAACAUCAAAUUGCGAAAGAUGGCCGUGGAAGUGCUCGAGUGGGCCCACGAGGACUCGAGAUUCGUACUCGAGGGUCGCUUGCUCGUGGCCCAACCUACCGACAACAAUUGGCGUCGAGGCCGGACGGUCAAGCUCGCCCCCGUCAUAGCCAUGCUCGUCGCUAACGGACAGCCGAACGAUGAUUUCAUGCUCGACGCAUCGGCCGACGACUCGCUCUUCCCGCGUCAGAUCAACGUCAAAGAGGCAACCCUUUUGCUUAUCAAGGAAAAACUUGGCCGCUACUCGCUUCUAAGAGAGCCAUUGUACCUAGACAAGUGCAUCGUGUGCUGCGAGACCGACCUCGAGGACUACUUCGAAAUUCAAGAGCUAUCUUCGAAGGAGACAUUCAUUUUCAAGGCCGAAGACGGAGCGAGAACAAAACGCUGGUGCCGUACGCUUCAGGCCCACGCUCAGUCGCUCGGAGCUUGGCGCAAACGUCGCGGUGCCUUGCCCAACAUCAUGAUUUGCGGUGUGGCGCGCAAUUGACGCGCUCGACUCGAAAGCUGUGCAACAAAGUCGUUUAUUACGAUACCUUAACUAAUUUAUUGCUUUUUGUGUCUCUGUCUCCGUCUCAAUGUGUGUGUGUGUGUGUAUGUGUGAGAAAGAGUAUGUGUGUUGCAGCUGUCAGUGCAGUGCAUCGUGAGUUUGCGCGCGUUAUACGUCUGUGUUUUUUUAUAGUGCGUCGGCAGAAACGGCACGUUUCCUAACGUAACUGUAAUGACUUUUUUAAUCACUAUACUCCAUAUUUACGUACGCUACACCAUUUUAGAAAUUAAGUAUUUUGCUUAUUAUGCAUAUUAACCUCUCGGCCGCACUAGUGAGCGAGAGUUGAUAUUUCCUAUUACAUACACGUGUAUACCUUUUGUCACGAUCAAAGUCCACUUGACAGCAUUAAUUUACAAAAAAAAUCGAUUGAAGAAGGCAAUUUUUUUUAUAUCUAUGAGUACCAUCGUGUCUAACAUAUACGUGAGACUAACGUAUUUUACCUCAUUUCGAAGUGAAACUUCUUUUUCUUUCGACGUCCCCCGUUUUUAUUAAUAAGAUCGCACCAAGUACCAUUUAAUAAAUGUACUUAUAUUAUUAUCAGUAGCUGUGAUACCUCUCCCAGGUGUAUUGGGUAAAUCAAGAUAAUAAACGUCAUCGACUCACUCUUUGUAAUAUUUGAAACUAUUAAAGAAAUUUUUAUUCAUCGCUUAGUCCUUACAAUUAUAUAUUAAUUUUAUCAUUAUUUAAUUUACACACUAACGACUGUAUGCUGAGCAUUGUACCAUAAUAGUGUAAUCAGCCAUUUGUUUGUAAAUACUUUGCAAUUUUACUGUAUGAUACAAUAAUGAACAAUUUAUAAAAUAUACUAUAUAAUAAAACUAAUAAUGUGUGUACAUGUUGUAUUCGUGUAAAUCGAUCUUACUGACGACGACAUACACCAC